CACUGCCCACCCUCCGGAUGUAUAAGCGUCCUGGCCAGAGGCGGGUGGUGCGCGCGUUUGCGCGUGACGCCUGGACUCCCCGGCUGAACAGCCUGGGCGGUGUCCCUCUUUGGGGUCCCAGCCACAACAGUCAAUCGAAGGGGCAUUUGCUGGCCUGGGCUCUGUCCUGCUUCGCCGAGGCCGUGCUGGAGCCUGUACUGCCCUCUCCUUACCCAGCAGAGGCCGCAGAGCGUACCGCUCGCCUGGGCCCCGGGUCCUCCAACCGGGCGAAGCUUCACCGGCUGCUGGAAUCCCCGGCAGGGAUGCACUUCAGCACCGUCACCAGAGACAUGGAAGGUGAGCCUUCCCGCUGCGUCUACACGGACCCGCCCUCCAGAUCCCCAGCCCCUGCCGCCGCGGGGAGCCCAGCGAGGAGGCCCGAGGGCCCCGGGGCCAGUUGCGCGGCCGCCUCCAAGGCGCCGGUCAAGAAGAACGCGAAGGUGGCCAGCGUGAGCGUGCAGCUGGAGAUGAAGGCUCUGUGGGACGAGUUCAAUCAGCUGGGCACGGAGAUGAUCGUCACCAAGGCUGGCAGGCGCAUGUUCCCCACCUUCCAAGUGAAGCUCUUUGGCAUGGACCCCAUGGCUGACUACAUGCUCCUCAUGGACUUUGUGCCCGUGGACGACAAGCGCUACCGGUACGCGUUCCACAGCUCCUCCUGGCUGGUGGCCGGGAAGGCAGACCCUGCCACUCCAGGCCGAGUACACUACCACCCUGACUCGCCUGCCAAGGGUGCACAGUGGAUGAAGCAGAUUGUGUCCUUUGACAAGCUCAAACUGACCAACAACCUGCUGGAUGACAACGGCCACAUUAUUCUCAACUCCAUGCACAGAUACCAGCCCCGCUUCCAUGUGGUCUACGUGGACCCGCGCAAAGAUAGUGAGAAAUAUGCCGAGGAGAACUUCAAAACCUUCGUGUUCGAGGAGACGCGCUUCACUGCCGUCACUGCCUACCAGAACCAUAGGAUCACGCAGCUCAAGAUCGCCAGCAACCCCUUCGCCAAAGGCUUCCGAGACUGCGACCCCGAAGACUGGCCCCGUAACCACCGGCCCGGCGCGCUGCCGCUCAUGACCGCCUUUGCGCGCUCGCGGAACCCGGUGGCCUCCCCCACGCAGCCCAAUGGCGCGGAGAAAGGUAGGGGCAACCGGCUAAAGCCCUUCCGCCACAGGGUCACACAGCUGCUGGCAGAUGGCAGGGCCCCUGCACACCUGGGUCCCGAAGUUCAGCCAGCUCCAGGCACUAGGCCCAGUACGAGGCCCCGCUAUGCAUGGAGGCCACAUCAGGCAGAGAGCCCAGGGGGGCUGUCACAGCCUGACUUGGUCCCCAUACACCGAGAUUCGGCCACAAGAUGUCCCCGGGACACUGCUUACCAGCUCGAGUCAGCUGCCCACGAUGCUCUGCAGGCUUCUGCUUGUGCCUUCGACAUGAAGGUGAAGGCCAGAGACGAGGCAGAUGACGUGUGUUCUGAGGUGGCCUCACAGACUAAGGCUGCUGCCCAGCGCGUGGCCUCCUGUGGGAGCCGGGGCCAGGCUGCGGCGUGGCGAGGCCACCCUCCGUCAUCUCUGACCUGGCAGCUCCCUAUGAGGAACACCCAGAGCACAGCGCACCCUGAGGUUCAGAUUGCUGCAGCCCAGCUACUCCUGACCGACAUUCCUGAUGUGCAAAUCCCUCUGGAUGCAUCCCCCAACAUCCCCCAACAUCCCGGCGACACGGCUACAGGACAUUCAGGGGCCCAUGUGGUCCCUCCCUCAGGUGCUGGAGGACACCUGGCUGCACCUCUGUCCAACGGGCCCGCAUGGGAGACCCAUGAACUCAGGAUCAGGGCUGCCUUCCGGGGAUAG